AUGGCCGGCGAUGGCAAUGAACGCGGCAGCUCUACGGUGGCGUUCCCGCUGCCACACGCAAGCCUCGACUUCGUCCCGAUCGAUCCUCCGUACCACCAGACGUACUCCCGUGAGGAGGCAGAGGAAGAAGCGACGUUAUCCGUGCUCCGCCGUGCCCGCGCCCUGCUGCUCGACAUGGAGCUUCGUGACGAUGACGACAUUGACGACGACGACGAACGAUUCGGCCCGCCGAUCCCGCGCCUAGGCCUCCUGAUCGCCUACCACAACGUCUUCCCUUCCCGCGCCGGCCGCGUCGCGUCCCCUGCCGUGGCGGUCAAGAAGCUAAAGCUGGAGACGAAGACGUAUGGUGGUGGACCAGAAGAAGGCAUGAGCGCGGAUGGCUCCACGGGGUGCGUCAUCUGCAUCCAGGACUACGAGGUGGGAGACGAGAUCAGCGUGGUGCCGUGCUCCGGCAGCCAUCAGUUCCACCAGAGGUGUAUCGAUGAGUGGUUCACGCGGAAGCGCCUCUGCCCGCUCUGCCGCCAUGCGCUGCCUGAAAUCCAACGCGGCCUCAAUUGA